UAAACAAAACGAGUCCAGAGUGCUUAAUCGUUCUUUUCCGUUCAUUAAUUCACGAGAAAAACCAUUAAGGUGAUCGCCCUAGCAUCUGCAGAGAUAAACCUUAUCUCUGAGUCAGUGCCGUGUAAAUCCAAGCAGUUUAACCAUCCCACGCAAGCAUUGCAUCAGUACGCAUAUCAGUCGCGCUUACAGCGAAAGCAUUUGGGCUGUACGAUAGCUUGCUAGUGUGUGUGUCCGUUUGCAGUGAGUGUUGUGUAUGCGUCUGGCCCAAAGGUCACCUUGAAACGUCAAAACGAAACCUCUCAGUUGUACGCCAAAUACCGCUGGUAGUAACUGAAAAACGCUUCGCUGACACAGAGCCACGGAACGGAACGAAUCAAAUAGUAUUAAUAACUGUUUGGAUAUCGGGCUGACUUAAUACAGCACUCCAGUGACAGUCAGCAUACUGCCUUUCUCCGCUAUUGGCGAAAAGGACUUUCGAGGGUGUCUAUAACAUAACAGUUGGUCGCUUCAAUCUCCAGAAUCUCCCCACCCCCCAGUGACUGUUUCGGGGCCAGUGUGUGUGUGCGCGUGUACGGGCUUACCGGUAGCAAAGAAAGACGUUAAUAUCCGAAAUUAAAAGUUGAUCAAAUAAAAAAGAAACUCGCCAUGAACUCUGAAAUUAAUCAACGCUUUCUGGCGCGCGGCUCGCAGAAGGACAAGGGCCUGGCCGUCUUCACCAGCGGUGGCGACUCCCAGGGCAUGAACGCCGCAGUGCGUGCCUGCGUGCGUAUGGCCAUCUACUUGGGAUGCAAGGCCUACUUCAUCCGCGAGGGCUACCAGGGCAUGGUAGACGGCGGUGACAACAUUCAGGAGGCCAACUGGGCCUCGGUGUCUUCCAUCAUCCAUCGCGGCGGCACCAUUAUUGGCUCCGCCCGCUGUGCGGACUUCCGCGAACGCGCUGGUCGCCUCAAGGCCGCCAAUAACCUGGUGCAGAAGGGCAUCACCAACCUGGUGGUGAUUGGCGGCGAUGGUUCCCUCACCGGAGCCAACCUGUUCCGUCAGGAGUGGUCCAGCCUGUUGGAUGAGCUGGUGAAGAAUGGCACCAUUACUGCCGCCCAACAGGAAAAGAACAGUGUGUUGCACAUUGUGGGAUUGGUGGGCUCUAUUGACAACGAUUUCUGUGGCACGGACAUGACCAUUGGUACGGACUCUGCCCUGCAUCGCAUCAUCGAGGCUAUUGACGCCAUCUCGAGCACGGCCUACUCACAUCAACGUACCUUCAUCAUGGAGGUUAUGGGUCGUCAUUGCGGUUACCUAGCCAUAUCCGCGGCUAUAGCCACAGAGGCUGAUUUUAUGUUUAUACCCGAAGAGCCAGCGGAAGUCACGUGGCAGGACGAUCUCUGUAUCAAACUCCAUCAGGAACGAUCGGCUGGCCAGCGUCUGAACAUUGUCAUUGUGGCUGAGGGCGCCAUGGACCGUGAGGGUAAUCCCAUUACCGCUGAGGAUGUGAAGAAGGUUAUCGAUGAACGCUUGAAGCACGAUGCCCGCAUCACUGUCCUGGGUCACGUGCAGCGCGGUGGCAAUCCCAGCGCCUUCGAUCGUAUUUUGGCAUGCCGCAUGGGCGCCGAAGCGACUAUGGCUCUGAUGGAGGCUACCAAGGAUUCGGUGCCUGUGGUCAUCUCUUUGGAUGGCAAUCAGGCUGUGCGUGUGCCGCUGAUGGAGUGCGUGGAGCGCACUCAGGCAGUGGCCCUGGCCAUGAAGGAGAGACGCUGGGCGGAUGCCGUCAAGUUGCGUGGUCGCUCCUUCGAACGCAAUCUGGAGACAUACAAGAUGUUGACCCGCUUGAAGCCGCCCAAGGAGUGCUUCGAUGCCGAUGGCAAGGGCAUCGAGGGCUACAGGCUAGCGGUCAUGCACAUUGGUGCCCCAUCUUGCGGCAUGAAUGCGGCCGUGCGCAGUUUCGUGCGCAAUGCCAUCUAUCGUGGCGACGUUGUCUAUGGCAUCCACGACGGUGUCGAGGGUCUCAUUGCUGGCAAUGUGCGCGAAUUGGGAUGGUCGGAUGUGAGUGGAUGGGUGGGCCAGGGCGGCGCAUAUCUGGGCACCAAGCGCACCCUGCCCGAGGGAAAGUUCAAAGAGAUCGCAGCCCGUUUGAAGGAGUUCAAGAUCCAGGGUCUCCUCAUCAUCGGUGGAUUCGAGAGUUACCAUGCCGCCGGACAGAUUGCCGAUCAGCGCGAUAACUAUCCACAGUUCUGCAUCCCGAUCGUGGUCAUACCCUCGACGAUUUCCAACAAUGUGCCCGGCACGGAGUUCUCGCUCGGCUGCGACACGGGCCUGAAUGAGAUAACGGAGAUCUGCGACCGUAUCCGUCAGUCGGCCCAGGGCACUAAACGGCGUGUGUUCGUUAUCGAGACAAUGGGUGGAUAUUGCGGCUAUUUGGCCACGCUCGCGGGUCUGGCCGGUGGUGCGGAUGCCGCGUACAUUUACGAGGAGAAGUUCUCUAUCAAGGACCUGCAGCAGGAUGUCUACCACAUGGCCAGCAAAAUGGCCGAGGGCGUCUCCCGCGGUCUGAUUCUGCGCAAUGAGAAGGCUUGCGAGAACUACAGCACAGACUUCAUCUAUCGCCUCUACUCGGAGGAGGGCAAGGGUCUCUUCACCUGCCGUAUGAACAUCCUCGGACACAUGCAGCAGGGAGGAUCGCCCACACCCUUCGACCGCAACAUGGGCACCAAGAUGGCGGCCAAGUGCGUGGACUGGUUGGCCGACCAGAUCAAGGCGAAUAUCAACGCCAACGGCGAGGUCACCUGCAAGGCUCCCGACACCGCCACCUUGCUGGGCAUUGUGUCGCGCCAGUACCGCUUCACUCCCCUGGUCGAUCUCAUUGGCGAGACAAACUUCGAUCAACGCAUCCCAAAGAAGCAAUGGUGGCUGCGUCUGCGUCCGCUCCUGAGAAUUCUUGCCAAGCACGACUCUGCCUACGAGGAGGAGGGUAUGUACAUCACCGUCGAGGAGGAAUGCGCCACCGAUGCCGUUGCCUAGACGCGCUCACAAUGAUGAAGAUGUCCAUCCCCGUUUGAUUUUUCAUUGCCCAGUGUAACCUGCUAAAGCACCAUCUAUUCUUCUAUCCUUCGAAUCUAUCUCAAUGAUUGUUUUUUAGUUUACAAACGCAACAAGCUAUGGCCUAAGUUUUAAAUACAUUUGUAUCCGUUUUUGUCAUCUCUGCUGGUCGACGAGUCAACUUCAGAGUGGUCCAUGACAGCGCACGCAUAGCAUACGAAAGUAUUCAUUAUAAAUACAUAAUUUAUUUACAUACAUCUAUGAUUCGCUUCCUACUACACAACUUUUGUUGAGUCUGUCGAAUUUGUCUCUUGAAUGCAAAUCAUUUCAUCGAAAAAUCAGAUUAAUCAGGAUACACAUCCGCUAACAGUUGAUUCUACAUUGCAGCUGCUCGCAUCGGUCUACACAGCACCGUCUAUUAAUGGAUCCAUUCGCAUGUUAUCGUAAAUUGUUGGUUCAUCUACGCCCAGCCUAUAUAUUAAAUGUUAAACUAUUUAUACAACAAUUUAUCGUAGUGUAUGGAAAAACUCUCUCAAAAAUGUUACUCCACACCAAAUGUUUUGCCCGAGUAUUGUUAUGGAACCAAACAAUGAAAUAUUUAUAUCAAAAAGCUAAAUAUAUACAUACUCAAAGACCUUUA